AGGAACUGGAGAGAGAAAGGAACAGGAAGCAGGAAGUGACGGAGAUCAGCGGCUGGAGCUGCUGCUGUUUGAACGGAGAGAAGAAGGAGCUGCUUCAGUUUAUCAGAGUAAUCCGCUGAUUUACCGGCAGGAGUUCAGAGUGAGUGAAGAUGGCAACUUCUCUGCCACAAAAGGGUCCCGGCCCAGGAAUGGGUGUUUUGCCCCCUCAACAACAACAGCAGCAGCAGCAGCAGCAGCAGCAGCAGCAGCCCCCUCAUCUUACCCCAGGCUCAGGCCCUGGACAGCCCCCCAUUGGCCCAAACCAGGGAGGACUCAGGGAGAUAUCCCCCGUCUUCCUCUGUCGGAUCGGUCAGGAGACAGUUCAGGACAUAGUUACUCGCACUAUGGAGAUCUUCCAGAUUACACGAGCCACCCAGUUGCCGAAUGGUGUGACUCAGAGUCAGGCAGUGUAUCAGGACCGCUUUGGCAAACUGCAAGAGCACCUGCGUCAACUGACCCUGCUCUUCCGCAAACUCCGCCUGCUUUACGAGCGCUGCGUAGAGAUGACCUCUGACCUUCAGGAGUCUCCUACUGAGCUGGUGCCGUACGCUGGAGAGGAGGUGGUUCCAGUGAAAGUAGAGCCCUGCAGUUCUGCAGUCAGUCAGGACCGACAAGAGGUUUUAGAGAAAGUGAGGCAGAAGAAUCAGGAGAUGAAGGUGCUGAUGGAUCAGAUGAGGAACCUUCUUUGGGACAUCAACGCCAUGCUCACCAUGCGCAAAUGACCAGAACACCAUUCAUUUGUCUUCCUUCCAUCCAGUAUGUUUAGAUAUAGUCUUCUUUCCCACAAAUCUCCGAGGUCCAAUCUCCUUCCUCUUGGUCAGGUGCUCUCGCAGGGCAGCUGAGGACAGCAGACUUCCUCCAGAUGACUGGUACUGUUAAUGCUGUGUGGUGUUUACUCUCGAUUCCUCAGCACAGACUCGUUCAGCCUCAGGUGGAGAACUCGCUCCAUUUAUUCUUGGCUGUGAUAAUAUAACUCUUGCCUUCCAGCACUGAGCUAGUGUAGUUUUGUAUUAGCAGGGACGUGUAACAGCAAUGCGAAUUCAGUGCCAAGAACAUGGACUGAUCGUGUGUGAGCGCUAGAGGGAAAAAUGGGGGAGCAGAUUUCCCUUGUGAACACCGGUGCGGAAUCCCGGCCCCGUGUAGUCGACUGUGUGAUGUGAUCACUCUUUUGCACCCUGGCAGCUAUAUUCUCAGGUGGAGAGCUUGUGUUUGUUUGUGUGUGUGUGUUUGUUUGUGUGUGUGAGAAUGUGUAUGAAUGAUUGUCCUUUAGCACUGUACACCUGUUCAUAUACCUGUUCAUAAUUUUACAAAAGAAUACUUGAGCAUGUUUCUGUAAACAAAUCAUUUUUUUAAUAAAUAAGGAAAAAAAUGA